CUCAUUGGUUUUUAGCUUUCACAAACACGUAAACUUUGAUACAUUUCAUCCAUAAUCUCUCUUCAAUGGCUGUAUCACUUCAAACCAAGUACCCUCUAAGACCCAUCACCAACAACAUUCCAAGUACGCACCGUUAUUCACUUCUCCAUGUUCGUGUCACGUGCUCUGCUACUACCACCAGGAACAAGCCUCAAGCUAAGCUUGUGGUUGAGAACCGUUUUAUGAGUCCUCCUCUUUCCAACGACCCAUCUCUCCAGUCAACAUGGACUCAUCGUUUAUGGGUUGCAGCUGGUUGCACUACAUUUUUUGCUUCUUUAUCUAAAUCUAUCAUUGGAGGGGUUGGUUCUCAUCUCUGGCUCGAACCAGCUCUAGCCGGUUAUGCAGGGUACAUCCUGGCUGAUCUAGGCUCUGGUGUGUACCACUGGGCCAUUGAUAACUACGGUGAUGAGUCAACUCCUAUAGUAGGAACCCAAAUCGAAGCGUUUCAGGGUCACCACAAGUGGCCUUGGACAAUCACUAGAAGACAAUUUGCUAACAAUCUACACGCUCUGGCUCGAGUCAUAACCUUCACGGUGCUUCCACUAGACCUUGCAUUUAAUGACCCGGUGGUUCAUGGCUUUGUGAGCACGUUUGCGUUUUGCAUAAUGUUUAGCCAGCAGUUCCAUGCCUGGGCUCAUGGAACCAAGAGCAAGCUUCCACCUCUCGUGGUGGCGUUGCAGGACAUGGGAGUGCUUGUUUCACGGAGAGAGCACGCGGAACAUCACCGGGCACCGUAUAACAACAAUUAUUGCAUAGUGAGUGGGGCUUGGAACAAAGUUUUGGAUGAGAGUAAGGUCUUUGAGGCGUUAGAGAUGGUGUUCUAAGCACACAACAUCGAACGUUUGGAAAAAAACAUAACUGCUAAAUGAUAAAGACAAGCAUAUCCACCUAUCUACCGUUUUUCUUGUUCUUUGGUCAGAGCAACUUCAAGACUCAUGUGGCCUGGUUUCCCAUCCAUGGUUUUCCUUACAAUGCCAAGGUGAUCACCAGCCAAAUCCGUCGAAGAAGGAUCUGCACAACACUUGUAACUUAGGUAGAAGAUUGCAUUAUCUGCUUUGAGCUUAUCAAGGGGCUCAUCUUCAAAAGUUUCCACAACAGCCUUGUUGAGCUCCAAGGGUAGGUCACCAUCAAAACCCUGCAGUUACAUGUGUAAGACACAACAAGUUUCAAUUUGUUAUUUGGGAGAUAACAGAUUGCAAAAAAAAAAAAGAAUAAGACUUACACGAUCUGUUUUGGAGAAGAAGGCGACUUCCAUGAGAAGUUGCAGCCAGUCAUUGUCAUGCAUCUCUGAUUCUGGCACCUGCGUAUGAAUGAAUGAUACCAACCUUUUUUUUGUCACAAUAUAAAAGUUAAAACUCCAUGAAUGAUCUGAUGUUAUUAUUACCACGUAAUAUUUUCUACUGUUA